AGAUUUACCAAUGAAAGCCAUGUCGGUCGAGCAUUCAGCUCCCAUCAACCACAUACCCACUCUCAGUCCAAGCAACACAACUGCAGAUGGCGCAGAUUGGUCACAGUUCAGUAAGACACAAUUGUUAGUUGCGAUCUUCAACUAUUUCGAAUCGCACCCUCUAGGUUACGUAGGUUUUAUAGUCUUCUUAACGUGCUGGACCACUUUAGCGUUUCCCGUCACGCCGUUGGAAGUUUGCGGAGGAUGUGUGUUCGGUCCGAUUUGGGGUACACUCGGAAGCCUUGUUGGAAAGACAGCAGGAUGCAUUUGUGCGCUUUCGAUUGGAAGAAUCUUCGGCAAGAAUUGGAGCAUGCCGUCGGUUUUGGAGCAAUAUCUGGGCGUGCUGAAGAAGAAACCCUUCCAGACCAUGUGUGCGAUUCGAGUCGCACCCAUUCCUCUGGGUGUGAAGAACUACGGUUUGAGCCUCGUCCGCUUCCCAGGGGACAAAUAUCCAGUUGGCGCGUACUUCUGGUCGUGCUUCCUUGUUGGCUUACCUUUCUCGAUCGUUUGGGGGACAACUGGGGCUGGAUUCAGCAGCGUCGUGGAUGCCCUUGCUGCAAGUUAAUAAUAGUUGUUCUUCUGAUGAAUUGAUUUUGUUUUGUAAAUGAAAUUUGAAUUUUU